AUGGGGCUAUCAAAGACUCAGGGAGGUAUGGGCUUUCGGGACCUAGUUUGUUUUAACAAAGCCCUGUUGGCAAAACAAAUAUGGCGUCUAUGGAAAGCACCAGAAAACCUUAUUGCACAAAUCAUGAAGGCCAAGUAUUAUCCGAAUAGCACGGUCCUUGACGCCCCUCUAGGGAACCGGCCUUCGUUCGCGUGGCGGAGUAUCCAAGGGGCUAGUGAUCUAGUCAAAGAUGGCCUUGUGUGGAGAGUGGGAAAUGGCAAAUCAAUCCACAUAUGGAAGGACAAAUGGCUCCCUAGACCGCCUAUGUAUACGGUGUAUUCUCCUCCUUUACUAUUUGACCCGAAUGCCACAAACAUUUCAAAUGCAGAGAAGCAUUUUCUCUGGCGAGCCUGUCAUGAGAGUUUGCCUACAAAAGCAAACCUCUGUAAUCGGAAGGUGACUAGAGACCCUAUUUGUCCUGUCUGUGAGCGGGAGGCGGAGACCACCUUCCAUGUGCUGUGGCAGUGUCCUGCGGCCCAAGAUACUUGGAGUGCGGGGUGCAGAAAAUUCCAGAAGAGUUGUUUUGAAGGACCUUUCUUUCUUCCAGUGGUGGAAGGAAUGUUGAGGGUUUGUGGCCAACAAGAAUUUGCUCUGUUUGCUGGAAUUGCCCGUCGUCUUUGGCUCAGGCGUAAUGCGCUGAUUCAUGAAGGGGAUUUCCUACAUCCAAACAUUCUCGUCCAGCAAGCAACCUAG